AAUCAAAAAAGUGAACAAAGCAACGAACACCAGCAAGCCCAGACGACAUAGAUAAGAGACAAUGAUGGAACCAACAAAAAUCGACGAAACCAACGAAAACACAGACACAAACGUAGCUGAGGCUCCGGAGGCAAGCAAAAACACCGAGACCAGCAGCGUUGAGGUCCCUAAUGGUUCUCCGGAACAGAACGCAGCUGCGACAUCUGCUGAGGAUUCCAGCAGCGUUCCCAAGGAUAACACCCGCCGCAAUAGAUUCCUGAUUGGUUUUGCUUUCAUUGCAAUGCUGGCUACAUGUAUUACUGUGCCAAUAGUAUUAUUGAACAAGCAGAACGAAGGACAACCCUCAAAGGAUAAAGCAAGCGCUGCAAGCAACGUGAAAUGUACAAAGGAAUUGCACGUUUGCCCCAACGGUGAGACUGUAGGCAGGGAUUUCGAAAACAACUGUAACUUCUUCCCAUGCCCGGAAUCCACAAUCCCUGUACCAUGCACUUUGGACGUCAAGCUUUGUCCAAACGGAGAUACUGUCGGAAGAAGUGGGCCAGACUGUUCGUUUGAUGAAUGUCCCGAAGAUCAAGUAUUUUGUGCAAUGGAUUCCAUGAGAUGCAGUGAUGGAUCUUAUGUCAGCCGUGACCCUUCCAACGACUGCCGAUUCCACCAAUGUCCAGAGGGAACUAUCGUUCUUGCCUCUCGAUCGGCCAACAACAACGAUUACGCGACUAACAAUGCUGUCACCAAAACUGCGGUCGCCAACACUGCCGCCGCCAAAACCGCAACUGCCAGAGCAUCCGCAUGUCCCUUGGAUGUCCGGGUCUGCAGCGAUGGAUCAUUCGUGCAUCGAGUUCUACCCAGUUGCGACUUUGAAUUGUGCCCCGAGGAAGUAGCAUGCACAUACGAUGUCAAGGUUUGCAGAGACGGAAUCACAACAGUGGGAAGGAUCGGACCUGACUGCAAAUUCGAUCUGUGCCCAGAAGAACAAAUUGGCUGCACAAUGGAUGCCAAGCGAUGUGCUGAUGGCUCCUAUGUAGGCCGCACGCCACCAACCUGCAGCUUUGAACUGUGCCCCGAGGAACAGGCGUGUCCAUCCGAUGUUUCCUAUUGCGCUGAUGGCUCUUAUGUGAACCGCGUCCCACCCUCCUGUGACUUUGCUCGCUGCCCCGAAUAAUAAUUCGACAGCAAGCAGCCGCGGCGCCACCAUGUCAGCAGAGCAUGAAAAAUCCUCCAAUGUUCCGACACCAGCCAAUGCAGAAGAUGAGAAAGGAAACGAAAAAGUAAAUAGAUGUACCUACUCCUAGAAAAAGAUAAGAGAUAGAGAAACGAUAGAGUG